AACUAAUUCAGUUGGGGAACGAUUGGUACGACGUGCUCAAUUCCUCCGUUAAAACGUUCAAUUAUCCUGGAAAGGAACCAUUUGGACGGAAGAUGCAGCGGCAGCUCGAGAUUUUGGGACGCAUGAAAAAUUUCAUGUCAGAUUUUAUCAUCCCUCGCAAAAAUAGCUUACAACAAUUUCAAAGGGGUGUUUUGGUAACGCACUGUUACAGUUGUACGAGUAUGUGGUAGUGAAGUACAACUUCAACUACGUUGUCACACGGCGUCUAAAUCAAGAUUUGCUGGAGCACUUCUUCGGAAAUAUACGAAGCAAGGGAGGAUUAAACGACCACUCUACGCCGAAGGAGUUUAGGUACAAGCUCCGACAAUACAUUUUAGUUUACGACAUUAUUCGGAUCACUAUCGGAAGUAGCUGACGUGUGUUAUGAAUGUCGCAAGGUUAUGAUAGCGAUACGAUAUUUGUCGCUGACUCGUUUGAGAAUAGCCCCUCUGAAUUAUUUUUCAGCAAGGAAUGCCGAAAAUCUGAACAAAACAGGCAACGUCGAGCUGGAUUCUGUUGAAUGGCUGAACACAUCAAACCCGCAGGUGUUGUAUGGAAGCGGGGUGGUCGAAAAUAGCGCACCAGAUGAACAGGAAGUAGGAGAACCAGAGCCUUUGAAAGCAGAAUCAGAGAUUGUUGACGCUCUGAGUGUCGCUCACGCCAAAUGCGAUGUGCUGGAAUACGAUCCAGAUAUGCUGGAAGGCGAAACCGAUAUGCUGGAAGGCGACAGCAAUGCGCUGCAUGGGGGAACCGAUGUGAUACAUGGCGAUGCUGAUGUGCUGCAAGGCGAUAGAGAUGUGCUGCAUGGCGAUGCCCUAGAAUAUAUGGCUGGUAACGCAACUUUUAC